AUGAAGGAACUUCUGCAACGAAUUUGUGAGUAUGAUUACAGCCAAGAUGACAGUCUUGGGGAUAAACAGAACCAGCAAGGAGGGGCGUCAAAGAAGGACACAAAAUCGACAACGUUGUUAGUGGCAACACAGAAUGGUUUGACAGAAGGGGUGAAGAGAAUCCUUGAAGUUUAUCCGGUGGCUAUUUAUGACAAAACUAACCCAAAGAAAAGAAACAUAGUCCUUUUGGCUGUGCGAAAAAGACAAACCCAUGUUUUUAAGUCGUUGAUGAAUCACCCUCUUUGGCAUUCACUCGCAGAAGCUGUGGACAUCAACAGAAAUAAUGUACUGCAAAUGGCUUCCUUUCUUCUCCAUCACAUGCCUCGGCAAAUUCAUGGAUCUGUCAUGCAAAUGCAAUAUGAAGCCCUCUGGUUUAAUUAUGUGAAAGAAAACGUGCCAGCUCACCUGGGUUCUCAGGAGAACAAAGAUGGAGACACUCCAGAUGAGAUCUUCGCAGAACAACACAAGGACCUCCUUAAGCAAAGCAACGAAUGGAUUAAGGACACUUCUGGUUCUUACGCUAUAGUUGCAGCACUUAUUGUCAGUGUCACCUACGCCACAUCGUACACUGUCCCAGGUGGCACUGAUGACAAUGGAAGACCUCACUUACGAGGCCAUCUUACAUUCGACAUCUUCGUUUUCUCCGUUCUGGUUUCCUUCUGUUCCUCUCUAACUUCCUUGGCCGCCUUCCUAGCUGUCCUCAGUUCUCGAAAGCAACCCGUCGAUUAUGUUAGAAGUUUGCCUCUGAGGCUUUGUUUUGGCUUAACUACGUUCUAUCUAUCGGUUGUCUCAAUGUUGGUCUCUUUCUGCGCUGCGCAUUUCUUUGAACUUGAUCAUCGAAUCAAGCAUAAGAUUAGCCCUUAUGCUUUGGUGUUGAUUCCACUGUGUCUGCACACUUAUGAACAGAUUCCACUGUACUGGAAUCUUCUCAGAACCACUCUUGCCAAGGAGCCUCGGCCAAGAUACGUGGGAGACAAUGUUACUAUGUAG